CGCGCACCAAGCACGGCGGCCAGCUACCCCGGCCAGGUCCACCGUUAAUAUAGGAUGGGAGAGAACAUGAACCGCUACAUGACGCUGGGCCAGCUGGGUGACGGCACCUUUGGCUCAGUCGUCCUCGGCCAGAGGAUAGACACCGGUGAAAAGGUCGCCAUCAAACGGAUGAAGCGGAAAUACACUUCGUGGGAGGAGGCAAUGAACCUGCGGGAAGUCAAGUCCUUGAAGAAACUGAGCCAUGCAAAUGUUGUCAAACUGAAGGAAGUGAUAAGAGAAAACGAUACGCUUUAUUUUGUUUUUGAAUAUAUGAAGGAGAAUCUCUAUCAGAUGAUGAAGGAAAGCCAGCAGAACCAGCGGGCUGGGAGAAGGGACAAGAUGCUGUCGGAGCCGGUGAUACGCAACAUUAUGUACCAGGUGCUGCAGGGCCUGGCGUUUAUGCACAAACACGGCUUCUUCCACAGGGACAUGAAGCCGGAAAACCUGCUCUGCAUGGGGCCGGACCUGAUCAAGAUCGCCGACUUUGGGCUGGCCAGGGAAAUCCGGUCUCGUCCCCCCUACACGGAUUAUGUCUCCACCCGGUGGUACCGGGCGCCGGAGGUGCUGCUCCGCUCCAACAGCUACAGCAGCCCGAUCGACAUCUGGGCGGUGGGCUGCAUCAUGGCCGAGGUGUACACGUACCGGCCGCUCUUCCCGGGCAGCUCCGAGAUCGACGAGAUCUUCAAGAUCUGCUCGGUGCUCGGUACGCCGGACAAGCGCGACUGGCCAGAGGGACACCAGCUGGCGGCGAACAUCAGCUUCAACUUCCCCCAGUUCAGCCCAACGCCGCUCGAGACGUUGAUCCCAAACGCGAGCGCCGAGGCUAUCAUCCUGAUCCGUGACAUGCUGCUGUGGAACCCCAACAAGCGGCCGACCGCCCAGCAGGCCAUCAGGUACCCGUACUUCCAGGUGGGUCAGAAGCUGGGCGGCGGCCACACCUCGUCGGCACCAGCAGCCUCUGACAACGCCGCGCGCGGCCCGCUCGGCCAGGCCGGCGCCGUGCGCAGGUCCAAGUGGGAUGACGACGAGUUCAAGGACGCCAUGGGGACCAUCGGCGCGCCCACGGGCGGCGGCGGUAGGGGCGGCGGCGGCGACGCCGGCCGCUCCCAGUCGCGCAACAUGACCGCCAAGCAGGUGUACCUCAACAAGUCGCGCUACGUGGCCGGACAGAACACGAAAAACGCCCAGUACGGCAACGCCGGCGGCAAUGACGCGAGCUCGGCGCAGGCGCCGCACGCGUCCUACUAUAACAGCACCACGUCCAUGCGCUCCGUGGCGGCCACCGGCCGCAACGCCAUGUCGGGCGGCACGCUGCAUGGGCGCACCGACUGGGCGGCCAAGUAUAGCGUGUACAGGCCCAGGGGCGGGGCGGCGGCUGCCUCGCGCACCACACACCUGGGCCGCACCAACUGGGCUGACAAGUACCUCAAGUAGGAGCCGCACUGGGAGGGCCACGCCGCAGCCGUCUGCCAUGCACGAGACGGGUCGGUGACCUCCGGCUGACCUCGGCAUCGCGUGGGCCGCCAACAGCCACGGGCCGCCAACAGUUGGAGCGUGCUGCCAGUCGACGCACGCUGCACAUGUGAUAUCAGACAGCGGCGUGACCUCCCAUAUGCCGUCCGUGCAGUGUCAAAUCAACCUGUGACGGGUGGCUCCGCCGGCCAAGCGGGGAUAGACGCAACAGUGGAGCCCUCAUUGGUCCGCGCAGCAGCCAUUGCUGUUACGACGACGUAGGUCGGACCAGGACCCGUUUUAAUGCUGCAGGUGUACAGAUGCGGUCAGAUCACAGCAGAACACACCCACGUUGUACCUUAGAAGUUCUUUAUCAACUUACUACAUCAGUGUGCAUGUUGUGGUCGUUGUACCAAUUGCGUUUUGUAGCGGAAUUCGUAGCAUUCGUACUGGGACAGAGCCGGAAAAAGAUGGCGCAUAACGCGGAUAUCAUGUCCUUUGCCAUAUCGCGCGACUGUGCGGGGAUUUCACAUGACAGUUAGGUUUGCACAUACCCAGCGAUAGACGGAGGAGUAGUGAACAUUAAAAAACGUGCGUCCAUUGUCUGUCCGACUAUCGCCAGUUUUUAAGAGCUUUACUCCAAACCUUUUGAUUGGAUGGAUUUCUGUGAUCAGCGUCCACGCUAAGAGCGCUUGUUGUGCGAGUCCUGCACCCACCACCCGAUAGUAAAGUUCCGGAUCAACGGCAAAAUUUGGUAGCGAAAGCUUCACGUACUGCAAUGCUUGGCAUUCUCUGCCCUUCCCUGAUGUCACCUGACCUUUAACGCGGCCGCGGCCACCUGUCGCGGACCAUCCCAAUCAGGGGGCAGAGGCAAUAAGUAACUCCUUCAGUGACUCGAGCCUCGAACCCGUCCCCCCACGGGCGGGGGGCGGGGCUAGAAAUGCGACCACCCCAUCCAGUUUAGCUCUCGGAGCAGACAAGUUACACGCAUCAUCCCCACAUGUUCUGUUCCAAAUGAAUCUAUUGCGGAGCUGUUAUCGUACAACCGCUGAGCCUCGCUUCAAGCUAUCCAAAGGAACACUCAAAAUAAGAACGUCAAAAUCUUUGCAAACCGGCACCCAGAAAGCCGACCGGCCAAAGCAGCAGCAGCUCAAUCGCUGCCGGCUGAUCUGUCUACUGGCUGUUACCAAGACCUUGGUGGCCUCGGUAUUCGGAUGCUCUGACCAGACCACCGAUGCCCGUGCUUUGCGCCCCGCCGCGCGUUGCACGAGGGAGCCUGCUCAGUGCAACUGAAAUGUUCCAUGCACGGUACAGGCGUCUCAUCCGGUACAUGCUCACUUCAACACCUUUGUCUACACGUCAUCGGCAUUGCGUAACAAGCAGGUUCGUUCCGGCUGACGCUAUUUUCCUGGUUACCCCGCAUCCAGCCUUUGACCACGCCUUUCAGCGCCGCUGCCGCCGGGUGUCGGCAGCGUGUGCGAAUGCCGAGGCUGCGGCGAAUGUCGGCAGCGGGCGAGUAUCACCAGCCGUUGCGAGACUGUCGGCGAGUGUAGCAGCGGCGGCGGCCGCUCAGCCGCUCCAAUAUCAGCGCCUGUAUUGCCCAGAAUGCUGCAAGGCAUCCGUAACUGGGCCUCGACUUGUUUGUCCCAUUCCAUACCAGCAUUCCGGUCGAAAUACAUAGCUGUCCGCUGAA